GGAAAAAAAAUUUCGAACAUAAAGUCGACAGUUCGUUCGUGUCCCUUUCGUACGGUGUUCUUCAGUAAUUGCGAUGGAUGUUAGUACGCGUAAUCAAAACGCUUUUCAAGCGAACGCGCAGCGAAAGUUUUAUCAGUGGGUGCUCAAAUGGAUAAACGCGCACGGGGAUGAAGAAAUGCGCGACGUUCAACGUCCGGCAAAGUUGGACGUGCCGAUCCUGGCGAGUUUCUUGCAAGCGAUCGGUUUCAAACUGGUCUCGUUCGAGAAGCACAAUGACCCACUUGUUCCAAACAAGAAUGAAAUUAAUAGCGACGCGUUGGAACAGAAAGGAACGCUGAAAAUUGCAAUCGAAUGCGAUGCUUCUAACAUGAAAGCGGUUUUAGAAUUAGGAGAAAUCACGUGCCAGUGUCCUAAGCCUGACCACGUCAAAGAGGCAUCCUUUUGGAGCGUCAGUGGCACCGGACCCACUGCCAAUAUUGAUAACAAUAUCGUGCAGAAGGUAGAAGAGACCGGUAGCAAUCUCUUGCCUCGUUUGUCAAAGGACGUUACUCGGGUCUUACGCGAUGUCUCGUACAGAUUAUUUGACACAAUUACAUGCGAACCAGACGUGAAUCGUAAUAUAGAGAAUAACUUAAAUAACUCUUUGAACAAUCUGUCCAAUAGACUUAAUACCUCGAAAAAAGAUAUCGCAAUGAUUCGAAGUCACACGCAACCGGAAAUACGUCUUCAUACAACUAACAACAUUGUGAAAGAUUUGCUUGAAACUCAAAGUGCGAGAACGAAUUCAAAUUCGUCUAUAAACUGCGCCGUGUCUCCUGUACCAUCGAACACACCUACCUUUAAGCGUCAAAAAACUUGGGACAUCGAAAUCGACACAGAGCCACGACCAUCACCGCCGAAAGUCACGAGUUCUCCUGUCCUGGAAUUGUACACUUCUAUAGGACAAAUAUACUUGCAUGAAAACGAAGAUCCUGCAAACGUGGCUGAUUACAUUGUCGGCGCUCAGAAAAAUUUAGAGAAGGCUCUUCAAAUGCUGGUCGUGAAGAAACCAAUGCUCGAACGUCGAAUGACACAUGACUUAUCGCCUAAUCAAGGUAAACGUUUCGAAGUAUGACAUUUAGCGAGGUAUUGACGAAUUUGUUAUCACGUUAGACAACGACAAUGCGUCUGUAAAAUCGGCGCCAGCGAACGUGUCGCCGACUGUGCUCGUCGGUCCUUACAAACCAACUCGAUCGGGCACGAUC